GUGCCCUCACUUUCGUUUCUCAUUUCGCGGCAUUCGGUCGGUUUUCUGUUUUACUCUGCCUUAAAGUCCAAUCGGAAGCCGGCUUAACAACAGUCUUAUCAAUGAAUUAAUUUAAGUUGAGAUUAAGUAGCAUAUCGAACAAAAACACAAAAACCACCAACAACAAUGGCGAACAAACGUAGAAACAACAAAGAAAUUCUAUCUCUGCUUCUUCUCACCGUCUUAUUGGGAUUUUUGGCGGAGGGAAGUUCUCUAUUGAUUCCCCCGAAAAGUCAACAAUUCUUUAAGCUACAAAAUGAAGUUAGUCUGGAGGAAUUGGGACAAAGGUCGAGUUCUCCACAAACGACUUACAAAUUCGAGACGGAUCUGGAGAUCAAUUCUGUUUGGAGUCAGAAUAAUGAUCAAUUGCUGGAGAUUUUCAUCAGCGAGAGUCGAGUGGCUGCCGCAGAAAGGGAUCGUUCCAUCACGAAGAUCCCCGACAGACCCUUCUACAUCAGUCUGGUUAAUGGACAGCCCCAUAAAGUCAUAGCCCAUACUUCCAAGGAUCAAUCCCUGCUAAAUCUGGAGCGUGGUAUCGCUUCCCUUCUGCAGUUGAGGUUGGAUGCAUCCCAAGAAGAGGAGCUGGACGUUUCUGGGCUGUGUCGUGUGUCCUACAAUGUGAAAUCCUCAACAAGAGUUGAAAAGACCAAGAGAGACUGUGCUCUGUGGGAUCUCAGGGUUACCUAUCAUCCAGAAGAAGCUCUCGGUGUCAGCCAGCAGUCCCAGGAGCAAGUCUCCUAUCAACUCUCUUCAGAGGGAUCGCUCAUUAAAGCAGAAUCUGUGGAGUCUCAUCGUCUUAGCUUGGCGGCCAAGCCGGAUGUGGGAAGCUUGGUCAAGAGUGUUCUCAUCCUUCAACAGAGCGGCCAGGGAUCGAGUGAUGUCAAGCAGCUGGACCAGGACAGUUUAGAGGCGGCCAUUGAGGGUCUGUUGGAAUGGUAUCGCGUCUUUGAGCUGGAAUCCGAUGUUGAUGGCAUAAUAAGCGAGUUGAAGGAGCAAACUCUUGAGGAACAACUGAAGGCCUCUUUGGACGAACUGCAGUCUGAGGACGUUGGAAAAUCCUCACUGGCAUUGGCUUACGUCAAACUCAUUCCAUUGGCUCGGAUUACCAGUCAGGAACGAUUUGCAGCUCUGCUUAAAGAGCAUUCCAAACUCCUGCCCCAAUUAGUGGACCUUUUGGGAGCUGUUCAGACCUUCGAUGCCCACAACGCCACCUUUGGCUUCUUAUACAAAGAGGCGGACACAACUAACGAGCAACUGGAGCUGCUGGAGAAGUAUUUGCAAUCUCUGGCAGUGGCCACGCAUCCGGAGAGGAAAAUCAUUGAACAUUUAUAUGGAUUACUUCAGUCAGAAGUCGUCGCCAAGAAGCAGGCCAAACUGAGAGAUAGCAUCAUUCAAACUGUAGCCACCUUGACGCGCCAAAGUGGAUUCGAUGGAAAUGAUCUUUUGCUGCAGCAAGUGCGGGCAUAUAUCCUGCAGGGCAUCACCUCCAAGGAGCCAACAUUGUAUAUCAGGGCUCUGCAAAAUCUCCAAGAUCCCGUCACCAUUGAAUCCCUGCUGGAACAGGCCCAGAGUCGCGACGAACCAAGCAUAUCGGUGGCUGCUCUGCAGGCUCUCAAAUCCUUCCCCGUUGGCAGCUUUAAUUCCUCGCAUCGUCAGCAGUUUGAGGGAAUUUUCUAUCAGCGAAAACGGAGAUUCGACAGCUCUGCACGUACAUUGGCCUUGGAUGUUAUCCUAUCGCUGAGGCCCAGUCAGGAGCAGUUGGGCCAUCUCCUGGAUUAUUUGGCCUCCAAUGAUCGCCAGUUUGAGAUAAAAACCUAUGUGCUGCAGAAGCUGAGAAUGCUUGCCGAAAAGUGUCCAAGAUUCCGGGCUUUAUUCGAAGCGGAAUUGGUCAAGAGGAGACGUGUGAACAACUACAAUGUGCUGGGACAGAAGGGACUCACCACCGUGCUCACCCGUCAGCUUUCCCUAGCCCCCGCGUUCAACGAGUCGCUCCUAAGUACACAGGAGGUUUAUCAGGGCAUCCUAAAGCGUGGCUCUGUGGAGUUCCUGCUCCAUGCAGGGCGCUUACAGGCCAGCACUUUUAAACUGGGCAUCUACACCGCUGGCUUGGGGUCGCUGGUGGGCGAUGGCGAUGCUGAAGACGGCAACGAUGCCAUCCCAGCAGAUGAUGAACUGGGUGGCGAGGAAACCAUUACUGCUGGCAUGGAAAUCAGUGUGCAGGGCUCUCAACUGCGGCCUUUGAUCUUUUUCAAUGGCCAAACUGAGCUCAUGGGUCAUGUGUGGGGAGGAACCGCCUCCGAUACGACUCCCGCCUAUCAGGCCACCACUUUGGCCCAGGAUCAUGAACGCUACGUAAUCCUGGCAUCGGGAGCCACGCUUCACUGGCGAGUCCUGGGAGCCAGGAGUGUUGAUCUCAAUGGCAAAGUGGGUUUCAGCCUGUGGAACCGGAAUGCCCAGACGGAGAUCCAGCAAAACACGGGAAGCGCUUUGUUGGGUCAUGUGGCCGUGGGCUUCACCUACGCGAAGUUGGUCCAGGACUUUAGCCUUAUCCACGAGCCAAAAUUAAGUCUGCAGGCAGAUUUGGACUUUUAUAGUGGCAUCAAGCUCUGCAUGCAGUUGCAGCGACCGGAGCAGCUGCUAAAACAAACCAGCACUCGAUCCGUUUUCCUACAGUCUGUUGAUCGACCCUAUGCCAAACAUGUGAGCUCCAAGCUCUCUCACAAGACUCCGGGCUGCACUUUUGCCCUCAACCAGAAGAACAACGAAAUGUGCAACGUUAUUUUUAGCGAUUAAGAUUCAGAGAUUUGCAAAAUGCUUCCUUGAUAUUAAACCCUUAAAAAUGUAAACUCAGAGAUUAAGACUCGUAGAUGUAAAACUCAAAAGAACAAAGACAAUCUAAUUUUCUAUUA